AUGACUUUUUUAAAAUUAUAUUUAGGUGUUUGUUACUUACUUGGAGCCGACUUGAACCAUAAGGGAAUAAUCAAUACAUGCGGGCCUUUGCCGAAGAAAGACAGGCAUAAUGACUAUGGAUCGUGUGAACAAGGCUUUUCAGCAUUUAUAGACUCAAAUGUUACUCUUACAGGAAUUCCUGGUGCAAGAAAAUGGACGGGAGGAGUUUUUGCAAAAUACGAUUUUGUUGGGUCUGGAGGUUUUGUGGACUCUGUGGACCGUCGAACAAUGGAAUUAGAUAAAAAUCAGGGAGGUGUGCUUGCAUUGUUGGCUUCACACGAUUAUUUGGGAUAUUCUGUCCAUUAUGGGCGGUUUGGGUUUUCUCAUGAAGACGAAAAGAAUUUUACGGUUGUUAGUGGUGCUACACGUUUCAAUCAAACCGGUGCUGUCAUUUUUCUUCCUUUUCGACGCAAUUUUCAUGCUGAAGAAGGUCCAAAUCUUGGUUUAUUAGAAGACCAUUUUAUUCUUUCUGGGCGUCAAUUAGGUUCUGGUUUUGGAAGUAGUUUGGCUGUUUUGGAUUUAAAUAAUGAUGGAUUUGAUGAUUUACUUGUUGGUGCUCCUUUUGAAUAUUUUUAUGAUGAAGAAGAAAAUGAAAAAGGAGGGGCUGUUUAUAUUUAUUUUUCUAAAGGAAUAAAAUUAGGCAAAGGACAACAAACAUCAAACAAUUUUAUUUUUUAUCCCCCAAUUAUAAUUAGAGGAACAACUAGACAUUCACAUUUUGGGGCGUCUUUAGCUUCUAUUGGAAAUUUAAAUAAUGACAAAAAUGGAUUUAAAGAUUUUGUUGUUGGCGCCCCUUACCAUUUUUCUGGUUCCGGCGCUGUUUUUGUCUUUCACGGCAAUGAACGUGCACACUUUUCAACUAAACCUGCUCAACAAAUUUAUGCCUAUAAUUUACCAAAUAAACCCAAUUCUUUUAAAUCUUUUGGGUUUUCUUUGGCAAAGGGUGUUGAUUUGGAUGGGGAUGGAUAUGAUGAAUUGAUAGUUGGAGCACCAGAAACGAAUGUUGUUAUAAUUUUUCGUUCAAAACCAGUUUUGGAAGUUAAAUUGGGUCAUCAAUUUGAACAAAAACAUGUUAAAAUAAGUACUUCUAGAAGUGAUUGGGGGGAGUGUGCUUUGGGACCAAGCUGUUUUUCCUUGUCAACUUCAAUAUUUUUAUCUGAUCGAAAUUUGACAGCUUUAAAACAAUUAAAUAAAUUGUUUGGUAUUGGACAAUCCCCAUUUUUGUGUAAACUUGAAGUUUUGCCCUUUGCUAGAGGUGUUCUCCCACGUGCUCUGUUUACUUCUAAUGGGGAGAAUAAAAUUAGUUGGCCGUGUGGAUCGAAUGCUGUUACUAGGGAAGAAAUUAGCCAUCAAAAGUUAUACAUUCCGAGCGGAAACGAAGACUGGACAAAUCCUUUACGUUUCAACUUUUCAAUUUCUCUACGCAAACCUCAAUUAACAACAACAAUUAAUAAUAACAACAAUUUAUUACCAGCUAUUAGCCCGGACCAAACAUUUCAUAUUUUUGGAAUUGCUUUUGAUAAAUUGUGUGGAGAUGAUAAUGAAUGUCACACAAAUUUGGUUUUGAGUGGGGCUUUGCUUGAUUUAUCUAAACGUUCUGAUGGAUUAUACCAAGCAAAAGUAACAGAAAAAGAUGUCUUAAUUCUCAGAUUGCUAGUUGAAAAUCGUGCAGAACGUGCUUAUUUGGCUAAAUUAUAUUUGGAAUAUGAUGAAACAGAAUUGGAUGAACCUAGUGUUGUUAAAAGGGGAGAAUUUAAUUUAAAUGAGCAUAAAGUCGAUAUUGAAAAGAGGGAAUUGGGGAAAGCUGUUUUGGCUUUGGCUAAUCCGUUGGAGGCUGGAGAAAAGUUGGGCUUCGAUUUACUCUUCAAACUUGUCCGAAGCAGUUCAGAACGUGUUUCAGCAUCUUUACAAUUUAAAGCUUUUGUAAAUUCUUCUUCUGUAGAAGACUUCCCUAAAGAUAAUUUUUGGAAGGCAGAAGUUUUAUUAAUUAAAGAGGCCGAUCUUCAAUUAGAUGGGGGCUCUCGUCCCCCAAUAGUCCAUUUUAGUAGAGGAAAUUAUGCGCCUAAGGAUGAAUUUGAUAUUGGACCGCAAUUGAUCCAUGCUUAUACUUUAACGAAUAAAGGGCCUUUUUAUGCAAGGAAUGUUACUUUAAAGAUUGACUGGCCUCUACGUCUAGACACCUCUUCACCCAAUUCUGACUGGCUACUUUAUAUUUUAGAAGAGCCCUUAAUUCGACAUAAUGGCCAAUUUAGACGUUGUCCUAUAAUAAACACUCAGUUACCCUCCUCUAAAUUAAUUAAUCCUUUAAAUAUUUACAAUGAUGCAACCCUAAAAUUGGAUUAUUAUUUGUCUAAAUCCCCCUAUCGACAACGAAAACCUCGAAAUUUAAUUUUAAUUAAUUCAACAAAAGAAGAGGAAAAGGAAAAUUUAAAAUUAAUUAGACAAGGAUCUAUUCUUCAAUUAAAUAGCCCUUUAUGGCCAAAAUGGAUUAAUGAAGAAUCUGGAGAAAGGGUUAAAGUUGUUGAUAUUAACUGUAAGGACAACAGUGCCCGUUGUGUUCAAUUAACUUGCCAUUUUGACUAUAUUGGAAGUAAUGAUUCUGCUUUAAUUGAAAUUAGAGCUCGUUUAUGGAAUUGGACUUUUUCUGCUGAAGAUUACCGCCAAUUUGAUUAUAUAGCUAUAACCUCUGAAGGUUUUAUUGAAUUGGAUCCGUCACAAGGAAUUUUGGAAGAAAAAAGUAAAUAAUUCUGAUUUUUUGUUCUGUUCUGAAAUUCUGAUUUGAAUAUCCUUAUUUUUAAUUCUGCUCUGAAAUUCUGAUGUAAAAAUUCUGAUUUUCUGAUCCAAAAAUUCUGAUUUUAAUUCUGAUUUUUUGUUCUGUUCUGAAAUUCUGAUUUGAAAAUUCUGAUUUUUAAUUUUGUUCUGAAAUUCUGAUGUGAAAAUUCUGAUUUUCUGAUCCAAAAAUUCUGAUUUUAAUUCUGAUUUUUUGUUCUGUUCUGAAAUUCUGAUUUGAAUAUCCUUAUUUUUAAUUCUGCUCUGAAAUUCUGAUGUAAAAAUUCUGAUUUUCUGAUCCAAAAAUUCUGAUUUUAAUUCUGAUUUUUUGUUCUGUUCUGAAAUUCUGAUUUGAAAAUUCUGAUUUUUAAUUUUGUUCUGAAAUUCUGAUGUAAAAAUUCUGAUUUUCUGAUCCAAAAAUUCUGAUUUUAAUUCUGAUUUUUUGUUCUGUUCUGAAAUUCUGAUUUGAAAAUUCUGAUUUUUAAUUUUGUUCUGAAAUUCUGAUGUGAAAAUUCUGAUUUUCUGAUCCAAAAAUUCUGAUUUUAAUUCUGAUUUUUUGUUCUGUUCUGAAAUUCUGAUUUGAAUAUCCUUAUUUUUAAUUCUGCUCUGAAAUUCUGAUGUAAAAAUUCUGAUUUUCUGAUCCAAAAAUUCUGAUUUUAAUUCUGAUUUUUUGUUCUGUUCUGAAAUUCUGAUUUGAAAAUUCUGAUUUUUAAUUUUGUUCUGAAAUUCUGAUGUAAAAAUUCUGAUUUUCUGAUCCAAAAAUUCUGAUUUUAAUUCUGAUUUUUUGUUCUGUUCUGAAAUUCUGAUUUGAAAAUUCUGAUUUUUAAUUUUGUUCUGAAAUUCUGAUGUAAAAAUUCUGAUUUUCUGAUCCAAAAAUUCUGAUUUUAAUUCUGAUUUUUUGUUCUGUUCUGAAAUUCUGAUUUGAAUAUCCUUAUUUUUAAUUCUGCUCUGAAAUUCUGAUGUAAAAAUUCUGAUUUUCUGAUCCAAAAAUUCUGAUUUUAAUUCUGAUUUUUUGUUCUGUUCUGAAAUUCUGAUUUGAAAAUUCUGAUUUUUAAUUUUGUUCUGAAAUUCUGAUGUA